AUGAAAGCUUCGCAGAGUAGGAAGAAAAGAUACCAUGACAAAAGGAGAAAGAAUCUUGAGUUUCAAGAGGGAGACCAUGUAUUCUUGAGAGUCACUCUGAUGACCAGUGUAGGACGUGCUUUGAAGUCGAGGAAUAUUACUCCUUGGUUUAUUGGUUCGUAUCAGAUAUUCGAGCGAGUUGGACAUGUUGCUUAUAGAGUGGCGUUGCCAUCCAAUUUGUCAAAUCUACAUGAUGUGUUCCAUGCUUCACAAAUUCGGAAGUAUGUUUUGGAUCUGUCGCAUGUGAUUCUGAUGGAUGAUGUUCAGGUGAGGGAUAACCAUACAAUUGAGGCUUUGCCGAUAAGGAUUGAUGAUCGAGAACUGAAACAAUUGAGAGGAAAAGAGAUUGCUCUCGUGAAGGUAGUGUGGAGAGGCGGUGCCGGAGGGAAUAUGACUUGGGAUUUGUAA